UCUUCCCAAGUCCACAUGGAGGGAGAAACCUAAGCCUACCCUGCCAGCAUUCCACCUUCUCCUAAAACUCUGCAGUUCUAUUACUGAAAGAAAAGUGAGAAGGGCAGCAGAGAGGACAGGGUUUAUUCACACAUAAUUAGGCUUCAAAGGACAAGAAAGGCACCUGUGUCAGUCCAGACCAGGAACUGUUUUAAAAUAAAUCUCCUGAGUCAUAACAUAUUUAAAAAGGAACGGCAGUAGACGGGGUGGUUCACGACUCAAUGCACAGCAAGUUUCGCUGCUGAUACAGAGAAAACAGAGCCACACAGCUGAUGCUUAAAGCACCAAAGAAGCAAGUACAGGCGAAGCUCAGGUGAGCACACAGUGUCCGAUGAGUGAGAUACCAGCAGGUGCAAUAAUGACUCUGCAGAAGAAAGAGGCUUUGUAACCAGCUCCCACCAUGGGUGACAGUGCUUGGGUGGGCACCUGGAGGCCUCAUCGUCCAAGGGGCCCAAUAAUGGCCCACUUUACCAGCCCAGGACCAAAGUACUCAAUACAGGGAACAACAGGUUACCUGAAGCACAACCCCACCAAAAGGAAAGCCCCUGCCUACACUUUUAAGGGGGCAAGGCCCUUGCUCCGUGAAGCCUGUUCUCCAGGUCCUCGUUACUAUGUGGAGCCCUCAAUGACCAGGAAGGGAAAGGAAACUGCCCCAGCUUAUACCAUGUGUGGGCGCCCCAACGUGAAAACUGAGGUCACACCUGGCCCAAGCGAUUAUUCACCAGAGAAGUCAAAAAAGCAUGUUUAUGAAUCUGCUCCUGUGCACUCCAUAUCAUUCAGGACUAGGAGCUUCAGUGUAGACAGCACUCCAGGUCCUGGCACAUACACUAUUCCUCGGGUGAUGGGACCCAACACAGUAGACAAAACUGCUAGCCCUUGUUAUUCCAUGAAAUGGAAGAGUAAGCUUGGUCGCUUUGAUGAGGAUCUGCAUAAGACCCCGGGUCCAGCUGCAUAUAAAAAGACAGAAGUUGAUGUGUACAAAAAGAGAGCCCCCAAGUACAGCAUGAGCUCCCGGACUAAGCCUGCAGGAACUGUUAGACAUCCUGGACCAGGAGACUAUUAUCCCGGAAAGGUAACACUGACCAAGCCUUGCGCACCAGUUGUUAGCUUCGGAAUCCGACACUCUGAGUAUACAAUGCCUUUGAUAGUGGAUGUCUAUUGACCUUCACGCAAGCUGCCUUACAGAAACUACAUUUAUUUUUCUAUAUCAUGUUGCUUUAUAUUUUAAAGCUGCCAGUUUUUAUACAAGUUCUUAUAAUUAACGAUCAUCUAUCUUCAAACAAAUACGUUUCUACAAGUUCUAGCACUAAAGGAUGACAAAUAUUCAGAAAAUGAUCACUUGCAAUAUUUUAACUUGCCUCUGGCUAUGAAGGAAUUUUUCAUAACCCCCCCUUAAUGAAGAGGACAUGUUGAAGCUAGCAGUAUUACCCUGGCAUGUGGAUCUUGCUGUAUCUACCUGCUGAGAGUCUGAACCCUGGCAUUAGAGCAUUGAAGCAUCUGGAUCCUGUGUUCCAGAAACUGGGAAUUCACAACUGUAUACAUAAAGAGUCACUCAGUUUUGUACUACUGAACUAUUUUGUUUUACUCCUGUGAUGACCCUCACUGUGUGUGUCAUUUAUCCCUUUGAUUGCGUUCUAUUGCAGUAUCAGCAUGUAAAGAAAAUAAAUCAGGGAGUCACUAUUUAUGUCAAAGUAGCUGAAUACUUCACUCUACCUUUAGAUGGAGUUACAGAGUAAAAUUUAAAGGGAUACUAGGUGGUUAAAACAAGUUCUUAGAUGUGUUACA